CGAGUGUCCAUUACUCAAGAAAUGCAGUUAACACACACACACACUCACAAGCUAACUAGCCUUGCUAUGUAAGCAAUGGCAAGUGCAGUUUGUACAUUCUGCCAUGAAGAAAGGGCCAAGAAAUCAAGAUGAGAAGAGAAGAACAGCAUAUGAUCGGCAGCAAAUUCAGCUAGCAGUGCAGUUGGUAGGUUUGAGAAUUUUGAGAUAGAGAGCUAGUUCAUGAUGCUUGUUGGCAAGGACUCCAUGGACUUGGUGCUAGUUCCCUGUGGGCUGGCCGCCAUGAUCGGGUACCACCUCUUCCUCCUCCACCGGAUUCUCCGGCGUCCGCACACCACCGUGAUCGGCUACGAGAAUCACAACAAGCUCGCCUGGGUGGAGCGCAUGAUGGCGCAGACGGCGGGGCCGGAGGAGUCGGCGCUGGCGCUGGGCGUGAUCUCGGACAACAUCUCGGCGGCGACGACGCUGGCGUCGCUGUGCAUCGCGCUGGGCUCGCUGGUCGGCGCGUGGGUGAGCAGCUCGUCGGCGCCGGGGGCGGGCGCCGGCGCCGGCGUCGUCGUCUACGGCGACGGCAGCCGCGCGACGGCGGCGGUGAAGUGCGUCGCGCUCCUCGCCUGCUUCCUCGCCUCCUUCACCUGCUUCGUCCAGUCGGCGCCGUACUACGUGCACGCGAGCUUCCUGAUGAGCGCGCUCGCCGGCUCCGACGCGCCGCCGGUGGGCGACGCGCAGCGCGCGGUGGUCCGCGGCGGCAACUUCUGGGCGGCGGGGCUCCGCGCGCUCUACCUCGCCACGGCGCUGCUCAUGUGGGUGUUCGGCCCCGUGCCGAUGCUCGCCUGCUCCGUGCUCACCGUGGCCGUGCUCCACCGGCUCGACACCAACUCCAUGCCGCUGCACCACCACCGGUUCACGCCGGCGAGGAACAAGGAGGCGGCGGCCGCGGCGGCGCUGCGGCCUGUGGCCGCCGCGAGAUCAGCCGUUGCUAGGGGAGGCAGAGCCGGCCAUGGCAACACGGUGGCCUUCUCCCCGGCUUCUCUUGUCAGCUGCUGAUACUGAAAUAAUUUCCCUAACUGAUCGUACCGAUAUCAUAUUUUUUUUGUGGUUUUCAUAAUAGCUUAAAAUUAUUGUGUCGAGGUGAAUGAAAAAUGGAAGAAUUAAAUUUCCUUUAUCAUUAAGGCAUUAUCAUUACUCAUAGUAAGACAGGCAAUUUAUUUUUUAAGAUAAUGAAAGAUCAACUACCGGCCUCUUGAAGAGUCAUUCAAACACUGCAACAGACGUUAUCUCACGAUGAUCACAUCUGAUCAUUCCACUCUAUUAAUACUGAUUAAAUGAAAAAUUAUUCUUGUAGGUACUACUAUCGUUCAAUCUGUAGUAAUAUAGGAAAGCAGAGACAUGUAAGAGUAUCCCAACAACUUAUCUAAAUUUGGUCAUCUAUAUCUUUAUUUGGAUGAUCAUCUAAAACACUUUCAUCCUUCAUAUCCCUUUGUACUUCAGCAUUCAUAUCCCUUUGUACUUUAGCAGGUCAUCUAUAUAUGGUAUCCUCUAUAUCUAUUUGGAGAAUCGGAGAUAACAUCUAAAUAU